GGACCAUUACGCAUGCGCCGUAGAGAACUACAUCACCGCUUGGAAGAGACGCGAACAGAUGGUAUACAAAACCCAGAGUUUUCUGCCUUAUUUAUCGAAUUUCUGUCCUUAAACAAGAUCCAACUGACUUUUAGACAUUUCCAAAGGCUGUGGCGUGAUAGCUGCAUCUUUAACAAGGAGCCAAGAUGAUGGAGGAGGUUUCAAACGAGUCAGACUUUGACCUGGAGAUGGAGGGUCUGAGUCUGGAGAACCAGCCGGACGUGGAGCGCUGGCCUCCCGUGGGCGCCACGUCCUCCCCCACCCCGGGGGCGCAGGGGGGUGGGGACCAGCCCCACGUGAGCGAGAUCGAGCGCCUGCGAAUGUUGGAGCAGGAACAGGACCAGCUGAACUCUUCGUUACUGGCGCUCACCACGCACUUCGCUCAAGUACAGUUCAGACUCAAGCAGAUCGUCACAGCACCCACGGACGACAAGGAGGGUCUCCUGAAGGAACUGGAGGAGUUUGCCUUCCAAGGCUGCCCUGACGUACGCGGCUGUGUCACGCAGGACGCACAGAUCCUGGACGACAUGAGCGAGCGCGAACACGAGUUCCGUAUUCUGGAACAGCGCGAGAAACAACAGGAACUGAUCAAACAACUCAAGAACCAACUGGAAGAUUUAGAAGACUUUGCGUACAAGGAGGGAGCCAUCGACAUGCCCACAGCUGUCAUGCAGGAGAAACAGAAGGUCAUCAUUGACCAACUGACCAGUAAGAUGGACCUGGACAUCGACGGGCUGGACAAACUGUCCACAGAGGAGCUACGGCACAGGGUGGACAACGCCGUGGGGGAAAUUGUCAACCCUGCCAAGGUGAAAGAACAGGUGAUCCACCAGCUGAAGACACAGAUCACAGACUUAGAGAUGUUCAUCGAGUUUCUUCAAGAGAACGGGGGAGAUGUCGGACACGAGAAGGAGGGGUGUACCUGUCCUGUUCAUGGUGAGACCAGGAAAGGAAAUGCUCCUCCACAAAUCAAGGGCAAGGUGACGGGAAGUCCGGAGAUUUCCAAACAGGAUGGCCAGGCGCGCCUGAGGGCCACGACACAGGAGGCACAGAAGAAGAUCCGUGAGACCAGUCUGUCCAUCAUGAAGCGGGCGCUGACUGUUCUCCAGAUCUUUGCCGUGAGUCAGUUCGGCUGUGGCGGGAACAUCUUCCGCGACCACGUGAUUCCCACGGAGGACAGGAACAGCGAGUACAACUUUGACGAACUGCUGAGGGCGCUGGACCGAGCCGUCACAAACGUCUGCGAGAUGGCGAAGGUGCGGAACGAUGUUCCCGAUGACAGCGACUACCUCAGCGACUCCUCGGAGAGCCCAGUGCGAGGCCGCGAUGAGCUCACGAACAUCGUGAGGAGAGAACUGGCGCCGGCGCUGCGGGAUGUGUUCCAGCACGGCCUGAUGAAGGUCGGGCAGAGCAAGAGCCUCAGCCAGGCCGUCAUGCCGCUCUUCUGCUUCCAGCAGCGCAAGCCCCCACCCCCGGGGAAGAUGCACGCAUGGGAGCUGCUCGUCAAGUACUACGAGAUGAAGCACGGGCGCGAGUACAACCUCUCCCCCGCACGCAAGCUUUCCGAGUCGUUCAGUCUGGACAUCGUCGGCGGGACGGCCAUCACGGCCAAACAGACCCUCCUCAGUGCCAUCCACGACAUCGUGAGCACCCACGACCCGCUGAAGCGAAGCAUGGACUCCGAGUGGAAAGCCUGGGUGUGCUGCGCCCUGAACCAGGGACGGAUCGUAUCGUGGUGCCGCCUGGUGGUGCGUACCGCUCCCCUCAUCAGCAGUUACUACCAGGCCUGGGGCUUCACUGCCAAAACAAGCUUUGACCCAGCACUCCAGAUUCUCAACAGACUCACGGAAUUCAAGUUCAGUAUUCCAACCGACCUGGCCAUUCGGCAUUUCCAGAACAUUAAAGAUGCAUUUGGGGAAGGGGUGUAGUAGUUUUUGUAGCUAGUUUCUGUGAAAUGCUCAAGUCAAUGCAAUUCUACCAGGUGCAUUUGUUGUAUUUAUGUAGUGUUGAUACACAAUGUGUAUUUCUGUGAAAGAGUAACACAGUGGUAAGACAAACAGUUAUUCGUAGAUGUGACUUCCAAAGCUUUAACUUUGUGUCCUGUUAAUGCUGCUAAAAGCAAGACUUGUGUAUAGUGUUGUCAGGUACAGAACAUGUAUACUAUU